AGGCCCAGAUCUGGCCCAAACCGAGCGGCCGGCCUGCGAGGCGCUCGCGCGCGCGCGCCGCGCCCGAGGCAGCGGCGCGCGGCCAUGGCUCCCUACGGGGCCGCGCAGCGCCCCACGGUCGGCCGCCAGCUGGCGCGCGCCGGCUGGGCCACGAUGAGCGGCUCCUCGCUGCCGGGCCUCCCGUCCAAGGGCGCGGCGCCCAAGGCCGCCGCCCCUCUCCAAGAGGAGGACGGCGCGCGGCUCGUGGACGAGGUGGCGGGGUCGUGGGGCAAGAGGUUCAUGCACACCAUCCGGCGCGUGGGCCUGCACGAGGGGGCCUACCACUACGAGUGCCUCUUCAGCCGCCCCGUCAACGAUGCGCCGGUGCCAGGCAUGGUCGUGUCCGUGCGCUUCGCGCUGCUGCAGGGCGGGUCCAGGCCCAGGCUGUUUUACAGCUUCGAGGAGGGGGACCUGCGGCUCGAGUGGGACCUGCAGCUGGACGACCGGGGCACGUGGAGGGCCGCCAAAGGGCAGCAGGCGCUGUCCCUGAAGCACGGGGUCUUCGAGAACUACCUGGACUCCCACGUGCGGGAGAAGCUAGCCACGAAGGAGCGGGGCAUCCGCCUGGUCACGCCCUUCGAGGAGACGCGGCUGAGGCCCCCGAAGGAGGCACCGCUGCUGCAGUCCGGGCAGGGCGUGCAGCAGAGCACGCCCGACGUGGACCCGGCCGCGUGCCCAGCGGCCUCCGACGGCGGCGGCUCGACGAAGGACUCGGCGGACGCCCUGGCUCGGGGCCGCAGGUCCUCGGAGGCAUCGCCGAAGGCGUCCAAAGAGACAGCAGAGGUCGCUUGCGCAGCCCCCGUGACGAUCAUGGUGAAGACACCCACGGGUGGUGACGCCCCCGCCGUCGCCCCCGCCGAAGGGGAGAGGGAGGAGGAGGGGUCCGUCGUGGCCGCGAUGUGGAACUCGCUGAUCCAGUCGGGCCUCACGUGGGACAAGGUGACCCAGCCCGACUCCCUGAAGGAGCUGCUCGCCAACAUGUUCGACGCCGCCGACGAGGACGGCACCGGCUGCCUGUCGCACUACGAGGUGGCGCGGGUGCUGGACGCCACCCUGCCGGGCUUCGGCCUGGAGCAGUGGGACAUCUACGCUCUCAUGGCCAGCGCCCGCGAGAGCGAAGACGGCUUCAUCGAGUGCCAGCCGUUUAUCGAGGUCGCGCCCGAUGUCAUGGUCGGACUUCGCGAGAGGCGCCUGGCCUACAAGGGGCGCGGCAUGCCCGGCGUGGAGGUGACGAUCGAAGCGGUGAGGCACUGCUUCGGCGAGGAGAUCCUGGGCACGACCGACUCGCUCCGAAAGCAGUUCGAGGAAUGCUGCCAGGAAGACCCCAGCCGAGGCAUCUGGGAGGAGGAGGAGGCCGCCGUCGGCGCGCCCGCCAAGGACCCGGCCGCCGCGACGGCGGCCCGCAAGUCGUCCAGCGACGACUUGUCGCUGCCCCCGAACCUGGCAGAGAACAACCCCCACCACGGCUCGGUCCUGGGCGCCGGCGGUCAGACGCUCGUGGGCAUGAAGCGCCGGCACUGCCGCGAGUGCCUCCGCCAGCUGCCGGAGCGCCUCAGCCCACAGGAGGCCCAGCGGAUCAUGGAGAUGCUGCCGGAGGACGAGGACGGCAACGUCAUGUUCACGAGCCUGGACGAGCGCCUCGAGCACCUGCGAACGGAGGCCAUCAGCAACGGCGUCGUCGAGACGGACCUGCGCGCGCUCAGGGUCCACCUGGUGGAGUGCUUCCGCCCGUUGCUGGACGAGGACAACCCAAGCAAGAUGAAGGUGUGGGACGUCAAGACAGCCCUUCUGUCCGCCGACCAGGUGUGCUUGUCCCGGAUCCAGCUCCACGUGCUCUUGUGCCUAGCGGAUCCAGACCCGACCACAGGCGACGUGGACGUCGCCGAGUUCUUGGGCCUAUGCAGCGUUGUCAUCCCGCACAUGUGCGACGCAAAGGUGUUCAUGGCGACCGCUGAGCGGCUCAUCCUCGAGCACGAGGAGAACCGUCGCCGCAGCGAGAACGCUGAGCUGCUCGCCCUGGGGGCCGCCCGCGUCGCCGCGAUCGGCCAGGACGGCGAGGAGAAGAGCCAGGAGAAUGAGGUCGAUCAGGAGACCGUUGAGCGGAAUCUCAUCCAGGUGCUGCAGUUCCACGACAACACGCACCGCCAUACCCCAGCGCUUGCGCCCAGCGACAUAUUCGACGUGCUCUACUCGAACGACACCCAGGUCGAGGGGUGCCAACUCUCCUACUUCGAGCUCAACGGCCUCGCCGCAGAGAUGACCCCGAACGCCGACGACGAGGUGCCCUACGUGGAGCUCAUCAAGAGGUGGGUGCCCAUCAUCUUCGAGGUCCGCAAGAGUCCGCUGUUCGAGGCCUACCUCAAGGAGGACGCCGCGGGCACCCUGGGCAUUGCCGUGCCCAAUCUGCAGGCUCUCGAGGAAAUUAUGCCGUUGCUGUCGGCGGAAAUGCGGGAGUCGUUCGCAAGCAAGAAGGCAGUUGCCACGGGUGAGCUCCUCACGAACUCCGCCGAUGCCUCUGCCCCCAGCAGCAGGUCCGUCAGCCGGGUCGCGUCGAAGGCGAAGGCGGACCUCGGCCCGCCAGAGCCGUUCGAGGCAGUCGCUACUGCCUCGGUCACCAAGCUGACGAGCUUCCGGCGGGCGCAGGGGCGGCAGGCGAGCAAGGCCGGCCUGAAGAGUACGGACAUGAGGUCGCCCCGCGGCAAGGUCGUGGAGCCCCCGCCGGGCCGGGGCUACGAGCGGAGGAAGCAGCUCCUGAGCUUCAAGCGGGAGGCCGGGAACAGGACCGACUCGCUGGAGCAGGGGGGGCCCGAGCCCUGAGCGCUGCCCGGGCAGCGAGCCCGGCGGCCCGACCCUUCCCCUGUUGCCGGUCCGCGGCCCGCGGGUUGGGGGCCCCGCCGCGCGAGCGCGUCCUGUCCGUGGGCUCUGCACCGCCGCCGGAGCCCUCUCCUCUCUGGGAUGAAGUCCCCCGAAUAUGCACCAUACUAUCGAGCAAGCGUUGUGCCCAUCAUGCGUAGUACUGUAUCUUCUGUUCUCCCCCGGUUGAGCUGCAGGCCGCUCGACCGCCAACUGCGUCUUGCUGAGUUGGUCCUCGCACGUUUGCGAGGCCAGGCAACGUUUGUGCGGCCACAGCGUGGCGGCGUGUACUGGCGCGAUGGCGCGCGGAAGAAUAUAUGACCAGUGGAUUUGCCAUCGAGACCAC